GUCCCAGGCUCCCAAAGGGCCUUGGGUUGGACGCUGGAUUUCACAGGGACAUUUUAAGGCGUCGCUUAACGCCACCCCACCUCCUCCCUUCCUGUGCUUCAGCUCUGGCAGCCCUAAUUGAGGACAGGGAGGGGCUUUUGUGGGCCUAGGAGGGGCCAACCCUAUGUGUAGCGGGGACUCCAAGAGUUCUCACCCCUUCCUUGCCAGGGCCCAGGAGGGACAGAAGGAGCCUGGCUUGGGAAAGGGGAGUCAAGCUUUGCCAGAAAAAGCUGUGUGGCCCUGAGCCAACCCUACCCAUCUCUGGACUAGGUUUCCCCAUUUAUGAAAUGGAGAUGAUGAACUACGUGCUCUCCCAGAGCCCUGCCAGAACAGACCCAACAUUCUAGUAAUGUGGGCCCUGUGGGUGGGGGGCAAGUGGGAACAGGCAGCCUGUCGUAGCUGGGCCACACAGGGAACUGGCUCAGCCAGGAGGGCUGCGGCCCUCAGGAGUAGGGGUGAAAGGAGUCCUGGGGGCAGACCUGGGAGGUCUAGGGACAGGAAGGGAAGCAGAGGAGGCUGAGAGGCUAGGAGCCUACUUCCUGGUGCCACAGGCAGCAGGCCAGGAGAAGCGGGCAAGGGGGGGCUAGGGGGCCGGGGGAGGAAGUCCCCUCCUGGGCAGGUCACUCCCAUAGGCCGGGAUGGGGCGGGGCAGGCGAUGGGGAACAGAUCUGAGCUGCUGGGCCGCCUUCCAGCCCGCUGCCGCUGCCGCCGCCCAGCUGCCCAGGGACAUGGGAGCUCAUCCAGGUGCUCAGGAUACCUGCCCUGGCCCCACCAAACUCAUGGCAUCUGCGACCUCUGCUGGACAGUGGCCCCUCUCUCGACCUGUCCCACCCAGCAACCACAGUGAGGAGGAGCCGCUGGCUGCGAGGGACCCACUGUUAGCCCGGGCAGAGCUGGCCCUGCUGUCCACCAUGUUUGUGGCUGUGGGCCUCAGCAAUGGCUUGGUGCUGGGGGCCCUAGUGCGGCGGGGCCGGCGGGGUCGCUGGGCGCCCAUGCACGUCUUCAUUGGCCACUUGUGCCUGGCAGAUCUGGCUGUGGCUUUGUUCCAAGUGCUGCCCCAGCUGGCCUGGGAUGCCACUGACCGCUUCCAUGGGCCUGAUGCUCUGUGCCGGGCUGUCAAGUACCUGCAGAUGGUGGGCAUGUAUGCUUCCUCGUACAUGAUUCUGGCUAUGACCCUGGACCGCCACCGUGCCAUCUGCCGUCCCAUGCUGGCAUACCGUCACGGAGGUGGAGCUCGCUGGAACCGGCCAGUGCUGGUGGCCUGGGCCUUCUCACUCAUUCUCAGCCUGCCCCAGCUCUUCAUCUUCGCCCAACGUGAUGUGGGAGACGGCAGCGGGGUCUUUGACUGCUGGGCUCGCUUUGCCGAGCCCUGGGGCCUCCGUGCCUACGUCACCUGGAUUGCCCUAAUGGUGUUUGUGGCACCUGCCCUGGGCAUUGCUGCCUGCCAAGUGCUCAUCUUCCGGGAGAUUCAUGCCAGCCUGAUGCCAGGGCAGGGAGAAAGGGCUGGGGGUCGCCGCAGAAGGCACCAGACAGGCAGUCCCAGCAAGGAAGCCCGGGUGUCUGCAGCCAUGGCGAAGACCGUGAGGAUGACGCUGGUGAUUGUGGUUGUCUACGUGCUGUGCUGGGCACCCUUCUUCCUGGUGCAGCUGUGGGCUGCAUGGGACCCAGAGGCGCCGCGGGAAGGGCCCCCCUUCGUGCUGCUCAUGCUGCUGGCCAGCCUCAACAGCUGCACCAACCCCUGGAUUUACGCGUCCUUCAGCAGCAGCGUGUCCUCAGAGCUGCGCAGCCUGCUGUGCUGUGCUCAUAGGCGCGCCCCACCCCAAGAUGAGUCCUGUACCACAGCCAGCUCCUUCCUGGCCAAGGACACUUCCUCCUGAGAAGCCAGGGGGCGCCUUCCUUGCAAAGGCUCCACAAAGCUCAGCUGUUGGCCCGGGGCUGGCCCUGGGAGCUGCUGGCAAAGGGGAGCCCACUGGGAAUUGGCUCCAGGCUUGUGAGAGGCCCGGAGGUCAGCUCCCUGACACCUUCGCUGAGGAAGGGGAAGGGCAGCAGCAGGUCGCAGGGCCUGGGGUGGCACAGGCUUCCACCCCCAGCCAGUGGACGCUGCAGGGAGCCCCGGAACCUUUCUUUCCCCACCUGUCUAGUCCCCCUCUGCCCUCCCUUCUCACUGUCUCUCUAAUAAACGUCCCAGCUCCUUUCCCACCCCAUGAGUCUCCUUGGACCGGGGUCACAGCGGGUGUGGGGAAGCACGGAAAGGCAUGCACUCACACCCCUGCGCACACAGACGCACACCGCGGUGGCUGAGCCUUCACAGGUGCAGGCUCCUGACCCACACAGCUCGGCUGCAAGGGACCUGGACAGAAACGGUCUGGCCA